AUGUGCAGUCAGAUCUUGUGUGCUGGCGUGUGGGCCCUGGGUUGCGCCCUUGCCUUGCCAGCUCUUUUCAACGACGUCACAAGGCUGAAAAAUGAUUCAGAUUGGAUGAUAUGCAGCGAUAACUUCGACAUUGGCAACGCAGCAAAGUGGAGGAUUGCCAUUCGUGGGUUUCGCCAUAUUUUUGGCUUCCUGCUUCCUCUGGGUGUCAUGGUAACCUGCUACAGCAUCACCAUUGCUCGGCUUCUGCGCACCAGAGGUUUUCAGAAGCACAGAGCAAUGAGAGUGAUUCUAGCAGUCGUGGUUGUAUUUUUGUUUUGCUGGUUGCCGUAUCAUUUAAGCAUGAUUGUUGAUACACUUCUGAGAGCGGACCUGAUUCCAAACGACUGUGCAAGAAGGACUUCUGUCACCACGGCACUGGGAGUCACAAACAGCUUGGCUCUCCUGCACAGUUGCAUCAAUCCAGUUCUCUAUGCCUUCGUGGGGGAAAAGUUCAGGAAGAGAAUGAGGAUGCUGCUGCAGAGAAAGAUGGCCCAAGAGAGGUUGUCUAUGUCCAAAUACAGCAGGUCCACUUCUCAGACUUCAGAAGGCAACGGGACAGUCCUGUGA